AUGAACUCGGAUGGUUCGCUUCUGCGACCGUCCGAGUCUACCGCUGCAGGUGGUGCGCUUAGAGAUGGGCAGGGUCGCUUACUAGGGGCUUUCUCAAUGAAUCUGGGAAGAUGUACCAUUACUCGAGCGGAGAUCUGGGGUGCUCUUCGUGGACUGCAGAUGGCAUGGGAUUCUGGUCACAGAAGGGUCGAGCUACAGCUAGACUCUACCACAGCCAUCAGUCUCCUAUCGCCAGGCUCGCCAACCAACCACCAGCAUGCUAACCUAGUCAUCCAGUUUAGGGAGCUACUGGGAAGGGACUGGGAGGUGGUCAUACGUCACAUAUAUAGGGAGGCUAAUUUUUUAGCCGACUGUCUUGCGCAUAAGGGUCACCUGUUAUACCCUGGAGCUUUCUCUGUUACCUGUAUGGAUCCGGAUGUUGAACGUUGGCUCCUGUAUGACUCGGUUGGCGGGUUUGUAGUCCGCGAGGUUAAUUAA